GUCGGCCAAAAUAGAGCCUGGCACUGGAGUGUCACCCUGGGGUGCCAACCCCGUGCCUCCGGGUCCCCGGCUUCCCGGUACCCUAGGAGAAACAGCAAGUCGCAGGCCCUCGAGGACUGCGUGGUCUGUACAUUUGCGAAUUUUACCAUGUUUCCCUUGCGCAAUUCUUGCAGAACUCUCCCGUUCACACAAGUUGAUAAUCGUGGAGAAGAAAAUGUAGGCUAGAGGACAACAAGCAGCGUCAAGACACCCCACUCCCACUAGUAAAUAGCUUGGAGAAGGGAGUGCUUUUCCAAACUGCACCGUAGGAGGGAAUAGGACGUUUGCAAACCUAAUUGCCAGGCUUGAGGGUGUGGGUGUCUUCUGCACCCAAAGAGCUUUUGGCCAUUUUUUUUUUUAUUGUGUCCUCGGGGCGUCCUAGGGAGGAGCUGGGGCUGCGGUUUCGCGGCUCUGCGGAGGCCGCUGAGCCGGCUGCCGUAGGCGCUCAGACUUCCUCUCCUCGGCGGUUCCGGGAGGAGAACCUCCAACAGCAAACACCGCCGAAGUUUCCCUCCGAGCGCGCUUGUCAAUCCCCUGAGCGCCCGGCACGUGGGCUGUGGAGUGGCCGAGCGCGAACCUGGAAGUGAGCGCAGCGCAGGCGAAUCUGCACAUUCCUGGCGGCAGCGCCCUGUAGACCCGCACGUAAAGAGGACAGAGUCUUGCUUACAGUAUUAGCACCACAGGGCGCUGCCUCCGCACCCACCCUGCAUCCCGGGAAGGAGAAGACGGGGAAGGUGGAGUGAACGGCCAGAAACCACUAGGGGAGAGGGGCCGCCGCGGAGUCUCUUCCCCGCCGGGGCGCCGCAGCCCCCAGGCCGGCCAUGGCCGACAGCGGCGGCACCGGCAGCUCCGGCCCCUGGUGGAAGUCGCUCUCCAACAGCAGGAAGAAAAGCAAGGAAGCCACGGUGGGGGCGCAGCCUGCAGCCCAGCCCGCCUCCGAGGAGCCGGCGCCGCCCAACCCGGACUGGACUAGCAGCUCCCGGGAGAACCAGCACCCCAAUCUCCUCGGGUGCGCCAGCGAGCCCCCCAAGCCAGACAAGUUGUGUGGGGAGAAAUCAGGUAACAGCCGCCGCAAUUUGAAGAUCUCACGCUCCGGCCGCUUUAAGGAGAAGAGGAAAGCGCGCGCCACGUUGCUGCCAGAGGGAGUCAGGUCAGCAGAGGAGGAGGGCUUCCAAGGGGAGCCCCAAGAAGACAAGCAAUAACCAAGGCUCCGGGGCUGUAGCUCUUCCCACCGCUACCCUUUACCCGCCCACAGUUCUAAAAACCUGAGACUUCGGACCUGCUCCUGUAUUUGGUGUGUCUAAUCCCGCCAAAUUCAGAAUAUUCACACAGUGCCUCUAUGAUUUUUUUCUGGGAAUUGACGUGGCAAUUGAGUUUUCAAUAUUUCAUGACUCAAGGAUGCAUUAAAUAUUUAUUUGUGGUAAGAAAAGAUACCUACCGCUGAGGAGGUUGGGCAUAAUUAAUUGUUUCAAAAGCUGUUCUGGGGCCUGGGCUCCUGGUUCAUGUCACCAUUGGGAAGGAGAAGGGUCCUUCUCUCAGAGAUGGUAACUCAACUUGAACUCCACAGCCCCUCAAUUGAGGAAAGCAAGGUCUUAUUCAGGACUUUGUGGAUCGCAGAUCACAGUUCUGUUUUUAGUGCCUGAAAAACGUACUUUAGAGAUACUUCCACAGACUUACCUCUGAAGUGAAGGGGGGUGGGGUGGGGGAGCAUUAAUUGGAAGCAUUUUAAAGUAAAGCAGGAUUGCUUUUAACGUGGAACUAUAAAACUGUACCGCCUAUUUUAGUGUGCACUAUUAAAAUUGUUGCACUCUUGGACUUAAGGUGACUUGUAUUUUUUCUGUUCCAAGACUGAAACCCAUCAUACUUAACCCAUCAUACAUGCAAAGUCUGAGGUGACAGAGUUAAUCAUUUGCCACACAACAGCUACCAAUGGAAAGCUGCAAGGAAGAGAAAGUUUCCAGAAACCAGCAACACCCAGGCCGGAACCAGUUAGCCAGAUAUCCUUAUUUACUAACCAAAUUCAAGGUAGGGAGACAGAGGUUCAUUAUUCAUUAUUCCAAGAGUCCCCUUUAACUUCAGUGCAUUUUCAUAGCAUACAAUAAGUCACGAUGCUAAUGAUACAUUCUUUUCAGUAUCUGUUGUUAAC